UGAUUUGUCAUCAGAUGUCAAUAUUGUGUCUACCAUUCAACUUGAUUGUUGAACUAUUCUAAAAAUUUAAUUUCUUUUAUAUUUAUUGAUAUGAUAAAGCGAAUGAACACACAAUAAAUUUAGUUAAUUGUUAAAGAAUAAUCCAUGUGUGUAUAGAUUUGUAAUGGACUUUGGAGCUCUUUUAUCUGCUGCUAAAAAAAAUGAAAACAAUAAGCAGUCCACUUCCUAUUAUCCAGCAAAAUUCACACCUCCUAAAAAAGAAAAUCGUCAAAGUCAAGUACUAUCGAAUAAUAUAAAAUUAUUUCUUGCAAAAAAAGAGGCUGAAGAAAAACGUAAGGCUUCAGAGGAAUCAUUGAAGAAAAAGAACCUUUUAGCUUUGCGCGAUCAUAAAGCGCAAAGUAAAAUUAACAAGCAUUUAAAAGUAUGUAAAUCAGCCAACAAAUCGGUUUUGGAUGAUGCAGUCGACAUGGAAAAUACGGCCAUUACUAUGGCAGGUCCUUCUCAACCUGACGAGGAUGAUUACGGUUAUGUUUCACAGGAAGCAUCAGCGUUUUAUAAUAAAUUAAUGAACAAAUACCAGAGUCUACCACCAGAAAAAUCUAUUUUUGCAGCUGCUGGUAAAAAAACAGUAAAGGAUAUUGCAUCAACGAAGGACAGAGUUAAACAAGCAUUGAAGCAACAGGAAAUUGAAGAAUCUCAAGGACAUAGAAGAAAAAGAAAAUCAACAAAAACUGUUGAAGAAGAAACAAAAGUUGUUGUGGAUGAAAAAAAAAGUUCCGAUAACACUCAUAAAAGUGAAAAACCAAAACCGAAGAACAGACCAUUACCACCAGCAAUGGAUUUCGGACAACUUUUAAAACUCGCUGCACAAAAGCAACAUGAGCCAAUAGUUAUCGACGUAAAACCAAAACCGGAGGAACCUGAAAGAUUAAUGACCAAGAAACAAUUAAGAGAAUAUGCAAGAGAAAAGGAAUGUCGCGAUGCAAGGGAGGAAAGAAAUCGUUUAGGUGAAAAUAAUCUAGCUAGUAAUAAAUUACCCACCGACAACAAUAAACCGGAAAAAUCAAAUGACUCAAAACCACAAGAAUCUAAUAAAGUAAAAAAAAUAACAGUGGAAAAAAGUUCCGUGCCUAAUAAAAAACCAACUCAAAUUACACCCACUGAUCGAAAUCCCACAAAUUUGAAAAGUACACCACAAAAGAGUAAACAUAAAGAUGAUAUUUUAGAUGAACGUAAAAAAUUGGAAAUAGAACGUAAAAAAUUGGAAGAAAUGCGACGAAGUAUUGAAGAAGAGAAACGUAAAUUAAGUGUUAUUAAAAAAAAGAAUAAUGUUGAGAAGACAAAUACAAAUGUUCCAACAAAUAAAGUUCCAAGUAAAAUUGGAAAUACCAGUGCUCGCGAUUUGGGCAAAGUGAAUAGUACAAAACAGAGUGUAGAGAGGUCACUAAAUUCUAAACAAUCAAAAUUAAUGGCUGAGAGAAAUUUAAAAAUGUCUAGGAAUAGUAAAGUUCCUAUGAAGAAUAAGAAGUAUACUAAUGGUAGAGCAAUAUUUAAGGAUGAUGAUGAUGAUGAAUAUGAUUCCGAAUUAGACGAUUUUAUUGAUAAUGGUGAUGAAGAGGAUGGAAGUCAAGAUUAUAGUAAAUAUAUAAGUGAAAUUUUUGGUUACGAUAAAAAUAAAUAUAAAAGUUACUAUGAUGAUGAAGAUGAUGAUGAUAGAGCAAUGGAAAGUAAUUUUGCCCAGCAAUUGAAAGAAGAAUAUGUUUCAACUAAAAUUGGUAUAAUGGAAGACCUAGAAGAUAUUCGAAUGGAGUCUAUGGAAAAGAAGCGUAAAGCAAUGAUUAAGAAAAAAAGAAAAGUAUAAUAUAAAUAACAUAUAGUUUUACACAAAAUUGAAAAAGUAUAUAUAUAUUUAAUUAUUUAACAAUGUUUGUAAGGACAUAGUUAAAUAAUAAAUUAUGU